AUGGCUCCCUCUACUACCGAAACUAGUCCGACCGACGAGACAGUUCUGACCCUGCGGAAGGUUCUUGUCUCGGAAUCAGAGCCUCUUGCUCGCCGAUUUCGCGCCCUGUUCUCGCUCAAACAUCUGGCCUGCCUCCAGCCUCCCACCGAAAAAACCCUCCCCGCUAUUCAGGCAAUCGCCGCCGCCUUCGCAUCUGGCUCCGCUUUGUUGAAGCAUGAACUCGCCUAUUGUCUUGGUCAAACCCGCAACCCCGAUUCCGUCCCCUAUCUCCAACAAGUCGUGAAGGAUGGCGAAGAAGAUGCAAUGUGCCGCCACGAAGCUGCCGAGGCCUUGGGUGCCUUGGGAUAUGCAGAGAGCCUGGAUAUACUAAAGAAGCUCCGCGAUGAUGAAAAUGAGCCAGAAAUCAUUCGCGAAACUUGCGACAUCGCUGUCGACCGUAUUCUUUGGGAAAAUUCCGAGGAGAGGAAGGCCGAGAAGCUCAAGCCCAGUGACUUUGCCUCCAUUGACCCUGCGCCUCCUAUGCCCUUGCAAGCGAGCGAACCUGAUAUCCCCGAACUCGAGAAGACAUUGCUUGACACGAAGCUCCCAUUGUUCCAAAGAUACCGGGCUAUGUUCGGCCUCCGAGACCUUGCCUCCCCUCCUGAUCUUCCAACCGCGAAGGAUGCCGUGAAUGCACUGGCUAAGGGCCUCAAGGACCCAUCAGCCCUGUUCCGCCACGAGGUCGCCUUCGUUUUUGGCCAGCUCUGCCACCCAGCCUCUAUCCCUUGUCUCACAGAGUGCCUGAGUGAUCUACAAGAGGUCGGUAUGGUGCGUCACGAAGCUGCCGAGGCUCUCGGAAGUCUCGGUGACGAAGACGGUGUUGAGGACACACUCCGCAAGUUCUUGAACGACCCGGAACAAGUAGUGCGCGACAGUGUGAUUGUGGCGCUUGACAUGGCAGAGUUCGAGAAGAAUGGUGAGAUCGAAUAUGCCUUAGUACCAGAUGGAAAAGCUGCUGUGCCGGUGGCAUGA